GCACCGCGAAACCCGGCCGCAUGAACGCAAUCCCGUGCCACGUCACCACUUUCUCGCAGGAACCUCGAAGGCGCAGCCGUUGGGGCGGCCCUCGCUGCGUCGGCGGAGCGUCGGCGGCGGAG